AUGGAAAAGGCUCUUCGCCUUGUUGAACCUUCACUCAAGACACUUCAUGACCUUGAGCCAAAAUAUAAAGCAAUGGAUGAUGCUUGCAAUGAGUGGCUACGUGAGGUUGAAGAAUACGGACCCAUUCCAUCAAUAGAAGAGUGGCAUGCAACGAAUACUGCACCCUCUGUCAACUCUUCAGCUGGAGAAUGCACAAGAAUACUAGCCAUUGAUGUUCCAGUGCUUGAACCCUAUGAUGCCCUGGCUGAUACUAAUGAGCUGGAACCACGAAACUCGGUACCGCCUGAACUCGCAGAUGAAUCCACUGGAAUACUAGGUGACUUAAACAUCGAUGCAGCUCUAUCACCCUUGCCAUCUGUAGCUUCUCUGCACUUCACACCACUGGACAUUCCUGGGACUCCAGAAGACCUUUCCCUCACAGGAAUACAGCCAUCAGAUGCUAUAGAACCUGCCUCUGAACAGAAUCAGUUGACAGAUCCAGCUACCCAUGAUGCUGUCCCUGAUGACUUCGUGAGAAGAGACAUUGAUCCCUCCUCAUGCCUUGCUUCUACUGUGGGUGCUGAUGAUCCUGAGCUCGACUCCUCCCCUGCCGCUAUGCAUGAAAGCCCUCCAAUUCGAUUGGCCUACCUCCAUGCAGUACUAGGCAACAUCUUCGAGCACAAUACUAUUCUUGAUGCAACAAAUAGACUUGCUGGUUCUCUGGAUAUCAUAGAUGCCUGUGGAUGCCUUCCGACCUAUCCUAAACCUGUUCGCACCUUGGUAACUGCCAAGAAGCAGCUCGGACUCAAUGUUGAUGACUACAUCAAAAAGCGGCCAAUCUGCAUAGUCUAUUUUAAGUACUACUCUUAUGAGACCAUAACCUCUAUGGAUAGCCCUCAGUGUACAGAAUCCAAGUGUCAGGGGCUCAUCUACCGUGAUGUGUAUACCAGCAAGAAGAAUCAUAUCACACGCCUUCCCGCCAAAAUCCAGCCUUAUGCAUCAAUCAUCAAAAGUCUGCGCCGUCUUUGUCUGCGAAAGGACUUUAUUGAGAACUUAAUUCCUCUAACUGGGCCAACUGAAGGAAGCACAGACGACACACCAAUGACUGAUUUCUAUGGAGCAAGUGCAUCCGGCACCAUUCGCAUUGGCCUGAAGUGUGUUGUUGAUGAGCAAGGCAAGGUCAAGGAUAUCAAAAUCUUGCCUGGAUCAUCUCACAUGCUCCGGGAUUGUGAGCUUGGACUCAGUCUUACCCUGAAUGUUGACUGGUAA